AUGGCACAGGCACUGCUGGUACCCCCAGGACCUGAAAGCUUCCGCCUUUUCACUAGAGAAUCUCUUGCUGCUAUCGAAAAACGUGCUGCCGAAGAGAAAGCCAAGAAACCCAAGAGAGAACAAGACAAUGAUGAUGAGAACAAACCGAAGCCAAAUAGUGACUUGGAAGCUGGAAAGAACCUUCCAUUUAUUUAUGGCGACAUCCCUCCAGGGAUGGUGUCAGAGCCGCUGGAGGACUUGGACCCCUACUAUAUCAGUAAGAAAACUUUUAUAGUAUUGAAUAAAGGGAAGGCAAUUUUCCGAUUCAGUGCCACCUCUGCCUUGUAUAUUUUAACUCCGCUAAACCCUGUUAGGAAAAUUGCUAUUAAGAUUUUGGUACAUUCUUUAUUCAGCAUGCUUAUCAUGUGCACUAUUUUGACCAACUGUGUAUUUAUGACCUUGAGUAACCCUCCAGACUGGACAAAGAAUGUAGAGUACACAUUCACUGGAAUCUAUACCUUUGAGUCACUUAUAAAAAUCUUGGCAAGAGGGUUUUGCUUAGAAGAUUUUACAUUCCUUCGUGAUCCAUGGAACUGGCUGGAUUUCAGUGUCAUUGUGAUGGCAUAUGUGACAGAGUUUGUGGACCUGGGCAAUGUCUCAGCGUUGAGAACAUUCAGAGUUCUCCGAGCACUGAAAACAAUUUCAGUCAUUCCAGGUUUAAAGACCAUCGUGGGGGCCCUGAUCCAGUCGGUGAAGAAGCUGUCUGACGUCAUGAUCUUGACUGUGUUCUGUCUGAGCGUGUUUGCUCUAAUUGGGCUGCAGCUGUUCAUGGGCAACCUGCGGAAUAAAUGCUUGCAAUGGCCCCCAGGCGAUUCUGCUUUUGAAACCAACACCACCUCCUUCUUCAAUGGCACAAUGAAUUCAAAUGGGACAUUUGUUAAUGUAACGAUGAGCACAUUUAACUGGAAGGAUUACAUUGAAGACGACAGUCACUUUUAUGUUUUGGAUGGACAAAAAGACCCUUUACUCUGUGGAAAUGGCUCAGAUGCAGGCCAGUGUCCGGAAGGAUACAUCUGUGUGAAGGCUGGUCGAAACCCCAACUAUGGCUACACAAGCUUCGACACUUUUAGCUGGGCUUUCUUGUCUCUAUUUCGACUCAUGACUCAAGACUACUGGGAGAACCUUUACCAGCUGACAUUACGUGCUGCUGGAAAAACAUAUAUGAUAUUUUUUGUCCUGGUGAUUUUCUUGGGAUCUUUUUAUUUGGUGAAUUUGAUCCUGGCUGUGGUGGCCAUGGCCUAUGAGGAACAGAAUCAGGCCACCUUAGAAGAGGCAGAACAGAAAGAGGCUGAAUUUCAGCAAAUGCUCGAACAGAUUAAAAAGCAACAGGAAGAAGCUCAGGCAGUUGCAGCAGCAUCAGCUGCUUCAAGAGAUUUCAGUGGAAUAGGUGGGUUAGGAGAGCUCUUGGAAAGCUCUUCAGAAGCAUCAAAAUUAAGCUCAAAAAGUGCUAAGGAGUGGAGGAACCGAAGAAAGAAAAGAAGACAGAGGGAGCAUCUUGAAGGAAACAGCAAAGGAGAGGGAAACAGGUUUCCCAAAUCUGAAUCUGAGGACAGCGUCAAAAGAAGAAGCUUCCUUUUCUCCAUGGAUGGAAAUCGACUGACUAGUGACAAGAAAUUCUACUCUCCUCAUCAGUCUCUGUUAAGUAUCCGUGGCUCCCUGUUUUCCCCACGACGCAAUAGCAAAACAAGUAUUUUCAGCUUCAGAGGUCGGACGAAGGAUGUUGGCUCUGAGAAUGACUUCGCGGACGACGAACACAGCACCUUUGAAGACAGCGAGAGCAGGAGAGACUCUCUGUUUGUGCCGCACAGACACGGAGAGCGACGCAACAGUAACGUUAGUCAGGCCAGUAUGUCAUCCAGGAUGGUGCCAGGGCUUCCAGCCAAUGGGAAGAUGCACAGCACUGUGGAUUGCAAUGGUGUGGUUUCCUUGGUGGGUGGACCGUCAGCUCUAACCUCACCUACUGGACAACUUCCGCCAGAGGUGAUAAUAGAUAAUAAAUUAGCUACUACUGACAGUACCACCACUGAAACAGAAGUCAGAAAGAGAAGGCUAAGUUCUUACCAGAUUUCAAUGGAAAUGCUAGAGGAUUCCUCUGGAAGGCAAAGAGCCAUGAGCAUAGCCAGCAUCCUGACUAACACAAUGGAGGAACUUGAAGAAUCUCGGCAGAAAUGUCCACCGUGCUGGUAUAGAUUUGCCAAUGUGUUCUUGAUCUGGGACUGCUGUGAUGUAUGGUUAAAAGUAAAGCAUCUUGUGAAUUUAAUUGUGAUGGACCCGUUUGUUGACCUGGCCAUCACCAUCUGCAUUGUCUUAAACACCCUCUUCAUGGCCAUGGAGCACUACCCGAUGACUGGUCAAUUCAGUAGUGUGUUGACUGUAGGAAACCUGGUCUUCACUGGGAUCUUCACAGCAGAAAUGGUCCUCAAGAUCAUCGCCAUGGAUCCGUAUUAUUAUUUCCAAGAGGGCUGGAAUAUCUUUGAUGGAAUUAUCGUCAGCCUUAGUUUGAUGGAGCUUGGCUUGGCAAAUGUGGAGGGACUGUCUGUACUGAGAUCAUUCAGACUGCUUCGAGUUUUCAAACUGGCAAAAUCCUGGCCCACCCUGAACAUGCUAAUUAAGAUCAUUGGCAAUUCCGUGGGGGCUCUGGGGAACCUAACCUUGGUGUUGGCCAUCAUCGUCUUCAUUUUUGCCGUGGUUGGCAUGCAGCUCUUUGGUAAGAGCUACAAAGAAUGUGUCUGCAAGAUCUCUAGUGACUGUCAACUCCCACGCUGGCACAUGAAUGAUUUCUUCCACUCCUUCCUGAUUGUGUUCCGGGUGCUGUGUGGAGAGUGGAUAGAGACCAUGUGGGACUGCAUGGAGGUUGCCGGCCAAACCAUGUGCCUUAUUGUUUUCAUGUUGGUCAUGGUCAUUGGAAACCUUGUGGUUCUGAACCUCUUUCUGGCCUUAUUGUUGAGUUCAUUUAGCUCAGACAAUCUUGCUGCUACUGACGAUGAUAAUGAAAUGAACAAUCUCCAGAUUGCAGUAGGAAGGAUGCAAAAGGGAAUUGAUUAUGUGAAAAAUAAGAUACGGGAGUGUUUCCAAAGGACCUUCCUCAGAAAGCCAAAAGUUAUAGAAAUCCAUGAAGGCAACAAAAUAGACAGCUGUGUGUCCAAUAAUACUGGAAUUGAAAUAAGCAAAGAGCUUAAUUAUCUUAAAGAUGGGAACGGAACCACCAGUGGUGUAGGUACUGGAAGCAGUGUUGAAAAAUAUGUAAUCGAUGAAAAUGAUUAUAUGUCAUUCAUAAAUAACCCCAGCCUCACUGUAACAGUGCCAAUUGCUGUUGGAGAGUCUGACUUUGAAAACUUGAAUACUGAAGAGUUCAGCAGUGAGUCAGAACUAGAAGAAAGCAAAGAGAAAUUAAAUGCAACCAGCUCAUCUGAAGGAAGUACAGUUGAUGUUGCUCCGCCCCGAGAAGGUGAACAAGCUGAAAUUGAACCUGAGGAAGACCUUAAGCCAGAAGCUUGUUUUACUGAAGGGUGUAUUAAAAAGUUUCCAUUCUGUCAAGUAAGUAUAGAAGAAGGCAAAGGGAAAGUCUGGUGGAAUCUCCGGAAGACCUGCUACAGCAUUGUUGAACACAACUGGUUUGAGACUUUCAUCGUCUUCAUGAUCCUUCUCAGUAGUGGUGCUCUGGCUUUUGAAGAUAUAUACAUUGAGCAGCGAAAGACUAUCAAAACCAUGCUAGAAUAUGCUGACAAGGUCUUCACUUAUAUAUUCAUCCUGGAAAUGCUUCUCAAAUGGGUAGCUUAUGGAUUUCAAACAUAUUUCACUAAUGCCUGGUGCUGGCUAGAUUUCUUGAUCGUCGAUGUUUCUUUGGUUAGCUUGGUAGCCAAUGCUCUUGGCUACUCAGAACUUGGUGCCAUCAAAUCCCUAAGGACAUUAAGAGCUUUGAGACCACUGAGAGCUUUAUCCCGGUUUGAAGGCAUGAGGGUGGUUGUGAAUGCUCUUGUUGGAGCAAUUCCCUCUAUCAUGAAUGUGCUCUUGGUUUGUCUCAUCUUCUGGCUGAUCUUUAGCAUCAUGGGUGUGAAUUUGUUUGCUGGCAAGUUCUACCACUGUGUAAACACGACAACUGGUAACAUGUUUGAAGUCAGUGAAGUUAACAAUUUGAGCGACUGUCAGGCUCUUGGCAAGAAAGCUCGGUGGAAAAAUGUGAAAGUAAACUUUGAUAAUGUUGGCGCUGGCUAUCUCGCAUUGCUUCAAGUGGCCACAUUUAAAGGCUGGAUGGAUAUUAUGUAUGCAGCUGUUGAUUCACGAGAUGUUAAACUUCAGCCUGUAUAUGAAGAAAACCUGUAUAUGUACUUAUACUUUGUCAUCUUCAUCAUCUUUGGGUCAUUCUUCACUCUGAAUCUAUUCAUUGGUGUCAUCAUAGAUAACUUCAACCAACAGAAAAAGAAGUUUGGAGGUCAAGACAUCUUUAUGACAGAGGAACAGAAAAAAUAUUACAAUGCAAUGAAGAAACUUGGGUCCAAGAAACCUCAGAAACCUAUACCUCGGCCUGCAAACAAAUUCCAAGGAAUGGUCUUUGAUUUUGUAACCAGACAAGUUUUUGAUAUCAGCAUCAUGAUCCUUAUCUGCCUCAAUAUGGUCACCAUGAUGGUAGAAACUGACGACCAGAGCAAAUAUAUGACUCUAGUUUUGUCCCGGAUCAACCUUGUGUUCAUUAUCCUGUUCACUGGAGAAUUUGUGCUGAAACUUAUUUCCCUCCGAUACUACUACUUCACCAUAGGCUGGAACAUCUUUGACUUUGUGGUGGUGAUUCUCUCCAUUGUAGGUAUGUUUCUGGCUGAGCUGAUAGAGAAAUAUUUUGUGUCCCCUACCCUGUUCCGGGUGAUCCGUCUGGCCAGGAUUGGCCGAAUCCUGCGUCUGAUCAAAGGGGCCAAGGGGAUCCGCACGCUGCUCUUUGCCUUGAUGAUGUCCCUUCCUGCGUUGUUCAACAUCGGCCUCCUGCUCUUCCUGGUCAUGUUCAUCUACGCCAUCUUCGGGAUGUCCAACUUCGCCUAUGUUAAAAAGGAAGCUGGAAUUGAUGACAUGUUCAACUUUGAAACUUUUGGCAACAGCAUGAUCUGCCUGUUCCAGAUUACCACCUCUGCUGGCUGGGAUGGGUUGCUGGCACCUAUUCUCAACAGUGCACCACCAGAUUGUGACCCUGACACAAUCCACCCUGGCAGCUCAGUGAAGGGAGACUGUGGGAACCCAUCUGUUGGGAUUUUCUUUUUUGUCAGUUACAUCAUCAUAUCAUUUCUGGUCGUGGUGAACAUGUACAUCGCCGUCAUCCUGGAGAACUUCAGUGUUGCUACUGAAGAAAGUGCAGAGCCCCUGAGUGAGGAUGACUUUGAGAUGUUCUAUGAGGUUUGGGAGAAGUUUGAUCCCGAUGCCACUCAGUUCAUAGAGUUCUCCAAACUCUCUGAUUUUGCGGCUGCCCUGGAUCCUCCUCUUCUCAUAGCAAAACCAAACAAAGUCCAGCUCAUUGCCAUGGAUCUGCCCAUGGUCAGUGGGGACCGGAUCCACUGCCUCGACAUUUUAUUUGCCUUUACAAAGCGUGUUUUGGGUGAGAGUGGAGAGAUGGAUGCCCUUCGAAUACAGAUGGAAGAUCGAUUCAUGGCAUCGAACCCCUCCAAAGUCUCCUAUGAGCCCAUUACAACCACUUUAAAACGCAAACAAGAGGAGGUAUCUGCUGCUAUCAUUCAGCGUAAUUUCAGAUGUUUUCUUUUAAGGCAAAGGUUAAAGAAAAUAUUAAGUGAGUGUAACAAAGAGGCAAUCAAAGGGAGGAUUGACUUACCUAUAAAAGAGGACAUGAUUAUUGACAAAUUAAAUGGGAACUCCACCCCAGAAAAAACAGAUGGAAGUUCCUCUACCACCUCUCCUCCUUCCUAUGAUAGUGUAACAAAGCCAGACAAAGAAAAGUUUGAGAAAGACAAACCAGAAAAAGAAAGCAAAGGGAAAGAGGUCAGGGAAAAUCAAAAGUAAAAAGAGACAAAGAAUUAUCUUUGUGAUCAAUUGUUUACAGCCUAAGAAGGUAAAGUUUAUGUGUCAACUGGACUCCCAGGGGAGGUCUAUGCCAAACUGACUGCUUUAACAAUACUCAUGGUCAGUGCCUAUAACAAGACAGUGACCUCUCCGUCACUACAACUCUGUGAGUCAGGGUAUCAACACUGACAAGAGGUUGCUGUUUUCAUUACCAGCUGACACUGCUGAGGAGAAACUCAAUGGCUACCUAGACUGUAGGGAUAGUUGUGCAAAGUGAUCAUUGUAACUACACCAAACACUUUUAGUACAGUACUUGCAUCCACUCUAUUUUUAACUUCCACAUCUGCCAUAUUUUUACAAAAUUUGUUCUAGUGGAUUUCCCUGGUCGCUAAUUCAUAGUUUAUUCAUAAUACUAUGUCACUAUUUUUGUAAAUGAGGUUUAAGUUGAGAAAAAAGUAUAUAAGAGCCCUAUGUUCCUAAUCCACAAGUUUCUCGAAUAAUCCAACAAAAGGGUUUUGCCCAAAAGAUGAAAUUCUUGCUCAAAACCAUGAAAAAAAAUUCUAAUAACAAUUUCAGGUACUUCCAUUUUCUAGACGGCUUUAAUUUUGAAAGUGUUUUAGUCUGUUUGUUUACAUCUAAACAGUUAUGUGCCUGUAAAGUCUCCUCUAAUUUUUAAAGGAUUAUUUUUAUGCAAAGUAUUCUG